AUAACAGUUGCCUGCUAUCAUAAGUCGCAGUUGCAGUGGGACAAGCCAAAGGUGGUGCCGCGCUUCUUGCCGCCGCAGCUGGGACAGGUCAUGGUUGUGUAUUUGGCGUACUUGCGCCCGUUUCGAGAGUACUUGACUGUGAAUGUGCUUGGCAGUGGCUUCAGCGACUAUGUGUGGGCGGACGAGCGUGGGCCGUGGGGGACCGACCGACUGACGCGGGCGCUGCAGCGCGAGACGGGCAAGAGACUUGGAGUGGAGCUGCACACGCUCGACUACCGGCACACCGCUGUCGGCAUCGGGAGGGAGAAGGUAGGGCCGGCGUUCGGCAAGGGCUAUCAGGACGAGAUGGGUGAGGUGGAAGAGGCUGAGGUAGACGAAGGAGAGGAGGACUUGAUAGAGCUGCAGAACGCGCGGACGACGGCGAUAGGGGUGAGCAACUACAGCGUGCCGAUCGACAUUGUGAAGCAUCUCAGCGCGCGCUCGAUUGAAGCGUUCCGGACGCUCAGCAACGCGUGGCACAGCUUCUUGGGGCUAGAGAAGCGCCAAGCACCGCAGGAGGAGACGUGGACGAGCAAUGUGGACGCGAGCAGACAAGCAAAGAAGCGACGGCGUAUUGACAACAAUAGCGAAGACAAAGAAGAAGAAGAAGGAGAAGAGGAGGAGGAGGAGGAGGAAGAGGAGGAAGAGGGGGGCAGAGAGUUUGUACAGCAACAGAGACUGUUCCAAGUCAGCAAUGUGAAAGAGACAGUCAUCUGCAGGGCGAUGCAGCAGGUGCUUAGUCAGGAGGAGGUCAGCUUCAGGUCGGUCGAGCAAGAGCAGGCACUGCACGCGGUGAUGGACAGGCAGACACCGCUGGUGGUUGUGCUGCCGAUGGGCGGAGGCAAGAGCUUGCUGUUCAGCGUGCCGGCUUGCUUGACGGACGCUGGGGUGACGGUGGUCGUGGUGCCGUAUCGAGCGCUGAUGGAGGACUUGGUGAGCCACAUGCAAAAGUGCGGCAUCGACUGCAUCGAGUGGAAGUACGGAGAGAGCAACCUGGCGAGCAUGGUCGUG